AUGCUUAGGCCUGCAUCAUAUCGCCUGGCUGCACAGCGACGCGCCCGUGCCACUUCUGAGGCAGUCAACGCUGGGGCGCUGCUAAACCGCUUCCCGGCCGCCGCCACAGUCGGCGUCCCCGCAGCAUCGCAACAACCAUCAGGACCGAAGCCACCGCGCCAAGAAGCCGCAGCAGCUGGUGCUGAGACCGCAGCUACUAUCGACGACGACGGCCACCGCUCUGAUGGGCCUUCCGUGGCCACCGGCCGAAGCACCUCGGGCGGCAAUGGGAGGCCCUCCGAAACCACCGCCAGCUUCGCGCCCCUCAGCCCGCACCGUCAGCGCCACUCCGCACGUCAUGAUAAAGUCCGGCAGUCGCAGCCCCCCGGCCGCCAACAGCGGCCUCAACAGCCCCAGACGCAGCGGCAGGAACAGCAUCAGCGGCGGGAGACGGACGCACCGCUGCGACAGCAAAUACAGCCGCCGCCGCCGCCGACGACGACGAUGACGACGGCGGUACUCGCACCCGACUCAACAAUACCCGGCUCGGACAUAGUCGUACAGCCGUCAGGCCACGGUCAGUUCGCCGUACGGCGCUGGAAAUGCCGUACACCGAGGCAGCUGACGGCUGCGCUGUACGGCUGUACCUCGUUAUCGAGUCUGCUCGCCCAGCUGAAGGUUUGCGGCCCGCUCAAUGCCGUACAGCUUUGUGCUUCUUUGGCUGCUGCGGAGCAGAUUGCCGCCAGGGAGGGCGGCGGCGCCGGCGGCAGCUUUGGUUAUACGGCCGUCGCUGCUGACGCCGGCCUGGGGCCAGGGUGGCGGCGGCGGCAGCUGCCCAGCGCGCCGCCGAUGGGAUUGCUAGCACCCCCAUGCCGGGCAUUGACGCCCGCAGAGUCGGCGGCGCUUGCUACCGUACUGGUGGCGCAUUCGGAGGUGCUGGCGGACGCGGACCCGCCGGAGCUGGCGGCGACGCUGUGGGCGGCAGCGCGGCUGCGGCUACAGCUCCCGCCGGCGGCGUUGGAGCCGGCGCUGGAGGCCAUCUGGAUGUGGGAUCCCGCCGACCCAACCGCCAACCGUCAACUGCAGGAUGAUCCGUCGUUGGCGCAACGGCCAAGCGCCGCCGGACGGCGCCCCAUCACACCGGCGCAGCCGCCGCCGCCGUCACGGCAGCGGCAGCGGCGGCGUGACGCCAUGGGUUCCUGGGAAGUGUGCCUGUUGCUGUACGCGGUUUCGGUGCUAUGGCCGGAGUAUGUACGGCAAAAUGCCGGCGGCUUUUUGGAGGCAUUGGACAGUUACGAAUCAGGACCGGCGUCGACGUCGGGACCUGGGCCACGGCGGGGCUCCGUACAGCAGCACGGCGGCGGCCGGCGGCACGGCAGCAGCGGUGGUGGCGGCGGCUUGAGCUGCGAGCAGGUCGUGGGGGUAGUGGCGGCGCUGGCUCGCGCUGACGUCGCCCUCGACGAGGUCGAGGAGGAGUUUUUGCUGCUGGCGGUCUCCUCCCGUCUAUCCGCCUUCUCCCUGCCGCACCUCACCGCCCUGCUCUCCGCCGCCCAACACUGGGCCCCCCUGCGCACCGCCCUGCACGGCGACCUGCUGGCGGCGCUGCUCGCACGACUAGACCGCCAUCACGUACGAUUCAUGGAAGCUAGAAAGGAAAGGCGGGAAGCGGAGGAGCGACGGCGGCGGCAGCCGCCGCCGCCGCCGGAAGGUCGGCCGCUUCCGAGCCGUGUGCUCAGUGCCCUCAUGCGGCAGUUGCGGCUGCGCGCCGUGGACUUCUCCUCGCGGGACGUGUGCGAGGCACUGGCGGCCAUGGCGGCGCUGCGGGCCGCUCCCUCCCUGGACACGUCCCGGGUGGUGCGGUGGAAGGAGGGCUUGAGGGGGCUGCUGCGUCGCUGGAUCCAGGUGGUACGGCAGGAGGCGAUGGUUGCGGCGGCGACGGCGGCGAUGGGGGAGAAGGUUGGCGAUGAGGUUAGCGGAAGUACGGAAGAAAAAAUCUCCGGUACGGCAGCGGCCGCCGCCGCCGCUGCCGCUGCGCGUACUUUCUCCACCAGUCUACACGCUGUGUCCCGACUAGGGGUGCGACUGCAGCGCGCAGAGUCCGAGGUGGCGGUAGCGGCGGCCGUAGCGCUGGUGCCGUACAUGUCAUCCUUGGUGGAUUGCGUCAUGGUGCUGACGGCGCUUGGGGAAGCGGUGGAACCGGAGGCGGAGGCGGCGGUGGGAGCGGAGGCGGCAGAGGGUCCGGACACGGAGGCGGCGGAGGCGGAGGUAGGGCCGGCAGCAAAGUGUGAGAAUGAGGACGAGGAGCAACGUGGAAACAUGGAAACGGCGUCCGCGGCGGCGUCCGCGGCGGCGGCGGCGGCGGAGGAGGAGGAGGAGGCCGGCGGCUGGCUGUGGCUGAAGGCCGACGGUGUACUGCGUCUCGACUCGCGGAGCCGCCGCGCGGCGAGGCUGGUCUUGGAGCGUGCCGCUGAGCUGAUCCAGAAGCGGGCGGCAACUGUAAGCCGUGGAAGCGACGGCAGUGGUGGCGGCGGCGGCGGCGCUGCCUCCAACAGCGCAGGGGAGCUCGUGUGUCUGAUCCGAGCGGCCGCUUCCCUGGGCGCCUGGCCGCCGGAGUGGUGGUGGCGGGCGUGGCGAGGGGCUGUGGUGGAGAGGCUGCCGCCCGCGCUGCUGCGGCCGCGGGCGGCGGUAACGGCGGCGGCGCCGCCGGCGCCGGCGUUGGCAUCUUCGGCGUGCUUUAGCUUGACGGAAGCCGUAGACGUCUUGUAUAGUUUGGCGCUGCUGACGCACCGGCGGCUGGCGUCAGCGCGUCGCCGCGGCUCUGUUUCCGCGGCAUCAGCAGCGGCGACGGCGGGGUUGUUCCAAAUGCCGUUACGGCGCUGGCGCUGGCAGCGGCGGCAGCGCCCAUGGUUUGAAGCUUCCAGGUCCGCUGCCGCCGCAGCGGCCGCUGGCGGCGUCACGGUAACGGCGGCUCCUCUGGAGCCCGAGCUGCUGACGGCGCUGUUGGCGGUUGCGUGCCUGGGGGCGACGCGGCGACGGACGCGUUACCCCGCCACUAUAGCAGCUGGCGGCGGCGCUGGCGGCGGCGGAGCCCCCCAGGAAAUCGGCACCAUGACGGUUUAUUAUCUAUCCUGGGCGGUGGCGCGACUGCGGCUGUUCGCGCCGUACGAAGCGGCGUUGUGGUGUCCGCGGCUGGCGGCGGCGGCGCCACGCGCUCUGGCGCGCCUUACGCCUCGCAAGCAGGUGUUAAUGCUACGUAGCCUCACGUGGGCUUACCGGGGGGCGGCGGCGGCGGCGGUGGCGGCCUCGGCCCCGCAGCGGCCCGUGGCGCCGCCGGUAGCGUCUCCGCUGCCUCCAAUGCUCGCGGCGGCAUGGCAGGCAGCCUUUGCCAUGAACAUGACUCAGGCACGUGGCCAGACACUGUCGUACGCCGCCGCCGCCAUGGCGGCGGCGCGGAUCUCCCCGCCAGCGCCCUGGCUGGCGCGGUUUCGGGGCCUGGCACUCAAUCGGAAGCUAGCCACAGCCGGCACCGCCGCCAUUUCCUCACAAUCACAAUCGCAGCUAAGUGACGCUGAUCGGCAGCUGGCGCGCCGACUGCGUUUCCUGCUAGCCCGAGGUGCAGCUGCUGGAGCGGGAGCUGGCGGCGAAAGGCGUUCAGUGUCGGUGGCGGGAGCGCCGUUGCCGUUGCCGGGGCAGCCGCCGCCGCCGCCGCCUGACGUGUCCUUUCCCGUCAGGUGGCUGCGGUGCGGGGCCGGGCUGUCCUGGAUUUGA